AUGGAAGACAUGGUCUACAUCGAUCAUCCGGACGAUGUGUCUUAUGCUGUCAUCUUGGUUGUCCACAAACUUACGACACACAAUCUGAUACCGCUGCACACAACUCAAGUUGUGGAAGAGUAUGCCAAUGAACCGACCAAUCUUGGCCUUUCCAAGCAGGAAGCCGCCACAAAGGAUGCAAACGAGAAAGAUAAAGAAGGUUUCCUAAGAUUAGUUUUACUUGGUAAGACAGGUGUUGGAAAGAGCACUACUGGGAAUACAAUUUUGGGAAAACAGCUUUUCCCAUCUUCAUCUUCUUCGUCCUCUACAAACGACGAAUGUUCGACAAAAAGCGUAUAUAGGUUUAACAGAAAAAUCCAGAUCAUCGACACUCCAGGCCUCUUUGAUACAUCUUUAAAAAACGAGACUGUCCAGAAUGAAAUUGUCAAAUGUAUUACCAUGUCCUCACCUGGUCCACAUGCAUUUAUUCUUGUUCUCAAUAUUGCUCGCUUCACAAAAGAGGAAGAAGAAUCAUUUCUGGCAUUUGUGAAGCUAUUUGGGGAUCCAGUAUAUGAGUAUUUUAUCAUUCUUUUCACAAGAAAAGAUGACUUAGAGUUUGAGAAAAAAUCCCUUGAUGAUUUUAUAUCGACUGCUCCUGCAAACCUUAAAUUACUCAUUGGAAAUUGUGGUCACAGAUGUGUUGCUUUUAAUAAUAGGGAAACUGAUAUUGAAAAUGUCAAUGAACAAGUGAAUGUCCUUCUUCAACUUAUUGAUGAUAACAUAUCCAAAAAAUCGGUGAAAUAUUACACUGAUGAAAUGUUUCAAGAAGCUGAACGACAUAUGAAGGUCUUAGAAGAGGAAAUCAAACAGAAGUUAGAGAAAAUAAGACAAGAACAAUAUGAGAUCUAUAAAAAAGAAAUAG